UAAAAACGUGUUCAUUUUAUGUUCGAAGGUUAUAAGGUUAUAAGUGAAUUUGGUUAAUAUAUCACCAACUGGCGAAUUCUGAUAUUUGAAAUGGCUUCUGAUCGUCUUAUUGAUAUUGAUGUAAUAAUUUUUGGAAAAACUGGUAAUGGUAAAAGUUCAACAGGCAAUGCCAUUUUAGGGGAAAAAGGAUUUGAAGCUAGUGAUAGUGCAAAACCUCAUACGCUGGCUUCAGCCUACAAGAUCGUCAUCCACGGAAAUAAGAGAAUCAAAAUCGCAGACACACCAGGACUACAGAAUAGAAAUACUGCGGAGGAGAUAGAAAACAUAUCCGAACAACUCCCUAUGGCAAUGAGCUUUUUCCCUAACGGUAUACACGUAAUGCUUCUUGUCGUUAAGUAUGGAAAUCGCUUUACAGAAGAAGAAAUAAAUACAGUUGAGAUUUUGAAAGCUUGCUUUGGUGAAGAUUUUUUAAGAGAUCGCGUCAUAAUAGUAGUAACGUUUGGCGAUAACUUUGAUACGGAACACGAAGAGGACAAUCUUUCAUUCGACUCGUGGUGGAGGCAACCAAGUGGUGAAUUCAAAAAAUUAAUAGAUGAAUGCAAUGAGAGAAUCGUCCUGUUUUAUAACAAUGGGAGACAAUAUCAGGACAAGAGAGAACAAGCUGUUGCAAAGCUUUUGGAAAUGAUUACAAAUUUGAUGGUAAAAAGUGAGAACAUACGAUACACUAAUGAUGACUUCACAAAAUGCUUUUUGGAAAGAAAACGGCUUCUUUUGGAGCUUAAGCUGCCUCAGCUCUGCAUGAUGUUUCGAGAUAAAAUAAUAGAAUUAGAAGGAAAAAUAAAAAUACAUUACAAAGAAAACACAAUGAGUAAAGAAGAACAAACUGAACUUAUAGACCAGUGCGCAGAAUUGUUAAAAGAAAUACACGAGGAAUCUAAAGGUACUGAUUCAUUUGAUGAUUUUAAAAAAAAAGUCGAAGAACUACACAAGGAAAUAAAAAAAAUAGACACAAAAAAUCCCAUCAGAGAACAACUGACACAAUCAGUGAACAUUAUGCAAAAUUUAAUCAACCCACCCGUUUCGUUUGCCAACGUUAUGAGAAUAAUUGCUGGCGUGUCGAUAGCUUCAGCAUUCGGUGCAGCUGCAGUUGCUUUUUUUAGUCCCGCCAUCGUGCUAGGUGCAGUCGGUGUUGCUGUUGCUGAUACAGUGAUGGCUGCAGGUACUGCUGGUAUAGCUACUGCAGCGCUAUCAGCAGUAGGUGCAGCUGGAGUUACGGCUGUUGCGGGAAUGACAGCAUUAGGUUUGACAUCAGGAAGGGCGGGUAAAACCACAGACAACAAUACAAGGGAAGAGGAAACAGAUUCUAUUACAGCUCAAGAUGCCAUUGAAGACAACAAGAAACAGCUGUAAGACUCUUUAUUCUGCAAAUCACAUGUUUCUAAUAAAGAAUUAAGAUUCUUUUUUUUUAAAAUCCAGACAGGAAGUAUUUUGUUAAUUCAUUUCAUUUUUACUAGAUACACAUAUUUUUUUUUAAGUUAACAUAAACACAUGUUUUGAUUUUAAUACAUUUGCUUUCUUCCAUCUAUAAUAACUAUUUUCCUUUUUGAACAUCUGUAAUGCUACUUUUAUUUUGUAACUGUCUAAAUUGCUUAAUAAAUUUAGAAGGGAAACAAUGUAGCAGAACAUUUUUUAAAACAGGCUUAGCGUGCACUUUGAAAAUGUAUAUUUUCUUCAUUAAUUUUUUUCUUACAUUAGUCCAGUAAUCACUUUGAAUAGAUUUAAGUUGUUUCAUAUUAUUUAAAAAAAGAAUCAAGAUCAAUAAAG